AUGUCUCCCCAAACUUCUCCUACUCUCUUCUUCCUCAUUCUCCUCUCUUUCAACACUCUCACUUCUUCAUCAUCAUCAUCAUCACAAAAUGAAGACACUUUUGAUAUUCUUAGUCCUACCGAUUGCAUGUCGUUAGGCUUAAACAUGAAGGAAAAGCUAAGUCAUUUCAGAUUCUAUUGGCAUGACAUAAUGAGUGGAAAAAACCCAACAUCAACUAUGCUUGUUCCACCAACGUUAAACUCGACCACUUUUUUUGGUUCAGUUCACAUGAUUGACAGCCCUAUGACAUUAGGACCGGAGUUGAGUUCCAAACUUGUUGGAAAAUCUCAAGGCUUCUAUGCUUCUGCUUCACAAGAGGAGCUUGCUUUGUUUAUGUCUUUGAAUUUUGUUUUCGAAGGAAAGUAUAAUGGAAGUAGUAUCACUAUCUUGGGGAGGAAUCCUGUUUUUGAUAAGGUUAGAGAGAUGGCUGUUGUUGGUGGGACUGGAGUUUUCAGAUUUGCUAGAGGCUAUGCUCAACUUAGUACUCACUCGUUUGAUCCUGAAACUUUUAAUGCUGUUGUUGAGUAUAGUGUUUAUGUUUUACACUAUUGA